CUCUUUUGGGAGAAGGCGAAGAUUAGGAGGAAAGAGAAGAAGAAACCACGUCACGUGACUGGGACAAGCAUCCUUUUGGUCCAUUUUGGAUGAUUGUGGGAUCUCCGUGCAAUUCAGGAAAAUGACCAAACUGCAGUUUUUGAACGUCUUUCUGACUGAGCGUCUGAUGCUUGCCGCACAGGAGAUUUACAAGUCUGUCGAGGACACGAUUUUGGAGUACCAGGAAGAGAUAGCGAUCAGGGAGAGGGAGAACGACCAUUUGAGACGGAGGCUCCGAGACGCUGGGAUAGAAAUAUGGCCAGAUCGCCCAUCCAUGGUGCUGUUGGAGGAAGAGGAUGGUGAGCAUCCACGUCGAGAGUGGAGUCCAAGUAUGGGACAUCAAGAGCGUAUUCCCAUUCAGAUCAAAGACAAAAGAGAAAUGAGGCCAAACCAAGGAGACGAUCAGCUUCGAGGACAUGGCUCCUGCAGCACCACAGAAAAUAUGUUCGCCCCUUCACGCGUCACAAAUGAAUACCCUCAGGAUGGUCCCCACACAUCCAGUCUUCCUCAGAAUCAGGGUGUGGAGAACAGGGAGGUGGAUCCUGCAUCUCGUAACCCAUCGAGGCACGUGAAAGGCGAGAGCGGAGGUAGUCACAGAGGUGCUACAUCAUCCAGCGGUGGUGCCCAGCCUCUAGCACCAGUCAACCCAAACUGCUCAAAUGAAAACAACAUUGACAUUGCAGUUGAGAAUGGUGGACAGAUGGGUGGUGUUAAAGGCGCUGUAACUGGAACUAACAGAGGACAAACUGCUCUUAUGAGGAACCAAGGAUCCAAUGCAAUGGACUGCCCCCAUCAAAAAUCUCCCCUGCAGGGCCAGAUGUCAUCGUUCUGUUGUAAAGUCUGCGGUGAGGCCUUCAGUCACAUCGGACACUUACACGUCCACGUGCAAGUGCACACUCGAGAAAAACCUUACCGCUGUGGAGUAUGCGGAAAAUGCUGCAGCUCCUCCGGCAGACUUCAGGAGCACCAGCGGAGCCACACGGGAGAAAAACCCUUUCGCUGUCAGAUCUGUGGAAAGGGCUUCACACAGAUGGCUCAUCUGAAGGUCCACAUGAGGAUCCACACCGGAGAGAAGCCAUACAGCUGCCCUGUGUGCGGCAAGUGCUUCAGCCGCUCUGACAAAAUCAAAAGGCAUCUUCAGACGCACAGUCGCGAAGGGACCUAUUUCUCAGGGCAGUAAUGGAAGGAAUCCAGUUUGGGAGUCAUUGUCGUGGGAAAACCUUUCAAUAAAAACAACUACAACUGCUGUCACUGAUGAGACAUUUCUUCCUACUUUUUAAGAACAUAGAAGUUCUGCUUCUGUAAUGAACUCCUUUUAACCAAAUCUGUAACUUCUCAGUCCCUUUAUAUAGUUUGUAUUAGCCAGUUUAGUAUGUUAUUUACAGUAUUUGGUAUUUAUCAUUACGUAUUAAAUUAGAUACAAUUUGGAUUACUAGCUGGACUUUUAUGAAUUAUCUACUGUUUUUCUAGUCUUAUAAUUAGCAUGAAGUCUUCCACACAAGCCUUGAAACAGGGAUGAACAAGACUUGCAAGAACGAUCAGCACCUUCAGUUCAUUAUCAUGUGGUCACUUUAUAUCCAUGUGUCUGAAGCUACCGACUAAAUAUUUGCUUUGUGUUCAUUCUUGUUUUGGUCUUAAAAUUAAGAGUAAGCAUAAUUCUUACUCAUUUUGUCAGUUACAGAGAAGAAGUCUUAUUUCAGGGGUGUACCAUGAAGCAGUAUCAACAAGUUGGAAAGCUACGUUGAACCCAAAGCCACAAUAUUCAGUGUCAUACUCUUAAUCCCCACGGUACCUAAUAAUGUGGAGGAGAUUAAGCCUAGUUAUUCAGUGCUUUCAUGCCAGGAUAGUCCGGGGGACUCUGUUAAAUUGGGUGGGGAAUGGGAAUAUUUCACACCUUUUAUUAGGUAUGGUUCCCUUUCACACUCCGCCUUUGGAAGAGGACCAAGCCGUCUGGGCAAUCUUUUUACAUUUACAACAGCAGCUAGUUCGGGGCGCUAUCACAAGAAGCUGCCCAGUAUGAGCUGCAUGUGCGGCAAGCCGCGUUUACAUUUACUAAACUGUUCACUCGUCGAAAAGCAAAGAGUUAAUUUGUUGCAAUCCAGUGUCUACUGUCUAGAAAAUCGUAGAGACCAUAGAGGGGACAUAAUCCAUUGUGAUGGAACCCUUAAUGAAAUGUGAUAUGAAUGAGAAAUUGUAGAGAGGAAAACAUAUUUGACUCUAUGUAAAAGUUUGACAUGGAAAACAAAAUCAGCACAUUAUGGAUGCUGACUGACAACAGUUUUGUCAUCAUAAAUGUGAAGUAAAAUGCUGGUAUGAACUGAUAUGUUGGCCAACUACAAUCUGUAAUUUUGACUAACCUGUGUUUAUACAGAAAAUUAUGUCGGAUAAUCUGAAUUUUACUUUUAUUUGGUGGAAACACUAACAUCAACAUUUUUGUUAUUGUGGGAUAAUGUCAUGAGUUAAACAGCUCUAUGUGCAAUUUUCUUGUUUGUUGUAUAAUGACAGAGCAUCAUUUUAGAGUACACAGUCAAAGUCUCAUUUUGUUAUGAUGAACAAAUAAUGCCUAAAUGCUUAAUGUUUUGGUACUGUCCAUACAGACCAAAGGGGAAGAGCCUGGGUUUGCAAAGACAGCUGAUUAUGAUUGUCAUAUCUAUAAUUUCUGACUCAAGUUUGCAUCUCUAUAUGUUUUACUUUUAUUCAUCUUCUAUCCCUUUAGUGCUGUUACAUUCUUGCAGAGCAACUUACUGCCAUCUCUCAGGAUCAUCGACGAAUCUAAUGUGAGACUGCAACAAAUCAAACAAUGUAAUAUUGUGUGUAACUCAUCAGCUUUUUUAGGAAUUCAUGGUGUUUUUAUUUCAUAAAAAACAUGCACUUUUCUCGCAAAUGCACAGAUGAACUCCAGUUGAACCAUACAGUAUUAGCAGAACCACUUUUUUUAGGAGUUCUUAGUGGGUAAAGACUUUUGUACACCAGUGUUUCCACAAUGUUUUGAUGUCUUAAGGUUUCAGGUUUGCUUUUACAUUUUCAUUUUCCAAUGUGAUGGUUGGAUUCUCGUGAAAUAAACAUACUUCCUCUUUACAUUCUUGGGCGUAUCACCAGAAAGUAACCUUUCUCCUGAGGAUUAAAACUGUAUUUAUAAAACUGUAUUUAUAUGAAGAGGUUGUAUUAGAGUGAUAUGUCGUUAGUUGCUUUUUUUUUUGAUACUAAAAACAAAAACACAAAGCUGACUUGUGCUGCAGGAUUCAGCUAAAAGAUAAUGCAACCCAGAUUUGAAUAUGAAUGGAGGUUGUUACGAUCCAAGUACACCAGAGCCUUGGUUGCUUAUCACCUUGUGUGUUUAAUUAGUGGUCUGUUUUUCACCACAUGCAGUCUUCCUAGGGAGAUCUUGGCUCCCCAGCACAUACCCUGUACAGAGCCCUACCCACACUAGCUAAAUGUUAUUUUGAAAUAAAGUUAUACCUAAAGAUCUA